AUGGUGGUGGUGAACUCCACGCCCUGCAGUGUCACCUGCGGGCUGGGCGUGAAGCAGGAGCAGCUGUGCGAGUACAGCCCGGCCGGCGAGCGCCGCAACUGCUCCCUGCUGCGCUCCCGCUGCCUCGGCGAUUGGAUCUGCGGCCUCCGGCACCUCAGCGUUCCCGAGGGAAAACCCUUCCAGCUCACCUGCCUCUCCCCGGACGCCGCCAGCCUGGAGGGACCAAAUUUCGGCUACACCUGGAGGUUCGCCCGCGGGCUCAUCACCACCAACGACCUCCUGUUCCAUCCCUUCCGCAAUCCCAGCCCUUCCCUGCGCCUCUCGCCGGCGCUGGAGUCGCAUUCCGGCACCUACCGCUGCGACGUGCAGGUGCUGAGCUCCUUCCAGCUCGUCAAGAGGAUCUACUUCGGCCUCAGGGUGAUCCCCAGGGAUCUGGUGGAUCUCGACUUCCAGAAAUCCCUGACUUGGGAGCAGCAGCUGGUGGCCAACGGCGAGGAGCCGCCAGAAAACGCCACGGGCCCCACGGAGCCGGAGAAGCGGUGGAAUUUUUGGGAGAAGCAGUGGUUUUAUGAGGUCGUGCUGGGGGUUGGGAGUGGGGUGAUCGUGGGGAUCCUGUUCAGCCUCGGGCUCUGCUGCCUGGGCAGGAUUUGCAGGAAAAGAGCAGCACUUGAAAUGAAUGAGGACUGAUGCAA